AUGACUGCGCCGCAAAGCAAGAAGCCGGACGAGCCCGUGGGCAACGACUCGAUGGACUCGGACAACGAAACGGCCUCGAGGACAUCUGCCGACGUACAGCGCCACGAUCGCGACACUAUUGAAACUGAAGAGGAGGCUGAGAGGUCGUUGGCGGGAGACCCAGAGAAGACGCAAGAUGUAGGCGGGUUGGCGCAUAUCUUUCGGCGGGACGGAAACGAAGGCGAUCAUAAACGGAGUCGGCGGCGACAACGGAAGGCGGGACGGCGCUCUAGGGGAGGUAAUGAUGAGAGUGAGCUGUUGUAUAAGGUCGAGGAGGGUGGUCGUUCUUCUAGUGCGGAGAGCAGUGCCAACUCUAGUGAGGCGGAUUUGGGGAGGAUUAGACAAGUGCAUGCGAAGCGGAAGUCAUCCAAGUGCUCGCGUGUGAGCAGAUUUGCUGCUAUCUUUGUUGGAAUCACGGUGGCCUUCCUUGCCCUGCUCUUUGGCGCAUACAAGGCGACUCGCUCCACCGAGACCGUCGAAGAGACGAAGCCGACCACUAUUGCGAAGACAAUGUCCAACGGUACGCAUGAGUUCGCACCUACGACAAUCCUUAUCUCCCUAGAUGGCUUCAGAGCGGACUUCCUACACCGAGGACUCACCCCUACACUUGGAUCGUUCAUCAAACAAGGCGUAUCGCCGAAGUACAUGAACCCCUCCUUCCCGAGCUUGACCUUUCCCAAUCACUUCACUCUCGUCACUGGAAUGCACCCAGAGAGCCAUGGCAUUGUGGGCAAUACUUUCUGGGACCCGAUCAUGGCACAAGGCUUCACCUACCAUGACCCGACCAAGAGCAUGAAGCCCGAGUAUUGGAAUGCUGAACCCAUCUGGGAGACGGCUGAACUUCAAGAUGUGCGCUCAGCCAUUCAUAUGUGGCCUGGCUCGGAGGCUCACAUCGGCACGAAGGAGCCGGCAUUCGUCGACAAGUACAAGGGAGAUGAGAAGCUUGAGAACAAGGUCGCUCGCGUGCUUGGCUGGCUUGACCUGCCUGGACCGAACGACCCUGGUGCUUCAGCGGAGACUCCACGACCGCAGCUGAUCUUGAAAUAUGUUCCAAAUGUCGAUUCGGACGGCCAUGCGUAUGGUCCUAACUCUACCUAUAUCAGGUCUACCAUAGCUGAGGUGGAUGGUGUGCUGGGGGCGUUGUUCAGUGGAUUGGAGGAGAGAAAUUUGACCAAUAUCGUCAACGUUGUGGUGGUGUCAGAUCAUGGCAUGGCGACCACAUCCAAUCAACGACUGAUUCAGCUCGAAGACCUGCUCGAUCCAGACCUUAUCGAACACAUCGAUGGCUGGCCAUUGUACGGCCUCCGACCGAAAGACCAGUCUAAGGAACAGCUUGAGAAGCUCUACCAGGAGCUGCUCUCGAAAGCCGACCUACCCCAGUACAAAGGCAGUUUCGACGUCUAUCUGCGAGACAAGAACAUGCCCGAGCGUUACCACUUCACCAAGAACAACCGCAUCGCCCCUCUUUGGAUCGUUCCCAAUCCAGGCUGGGCCGUGGUCACGAAGGGCGAGUUCAACAUCGAAGACGCCCUGUCCAAGGACGAAGACUACAACCCUCGCGGUCUGCACGGAUACGACAACGAGAACCCGCUCAUGCGCGCCAUCUUUAUCGCCAGAGGUCCGGCAUUCCCUCACGCUGAAGGCAGCCAGGUCGUCCCAUUUCAAAACAUCGAGGUCUACAACAUCAUCUGCGAUUCCCUCGGCAUCGAGCCGAAACCUAAUAAUGGAACGAUCCGACUUCCGUUCAAGACGAUCGGUCUGCACGAUCCGAACGAACAUCCUGACAUCCCCGAUGAUCCACCAGAUGUCGAUUUCGGAGCACAGCUACUCCCUCCUGACUUACCUGGCGUCGAGAAUCUCCCCCCGCCAACUAUACAAGGUUCUGACCCGCCCCCGGCCGCAGAAAAUGGCCAAGACGAAGCCUUCAACCCAACACCAUCGAACGACCGACCCGUCGUGGAAGACGGCGAAUCCCAAGACGAGCAGGAUAAAUCCUGGGUUGAGUGGAUCAACGGUAAAUUGAAAGACGUCAAGGUCUGGGCGACGGGGCUAUUUGGUGGGACGAAGGAGGAUCCUCAAGAGGCGGAGGAGACGCGGCAUGGUGAGGAUUGGUAG